AUGGCUCACCAGCGAGUUCACACCAGCGAGCGGCCGUUCACGUGCUCAGACUGUGGGAAGGGAUUCACAUUGUCAUCUCACCUAAUGAGACACCAGACAGUUCAUACUGGGGAGCGACCGUUCACCUGCCCAGAAUUCAGCAACAAGCCGAUUCGCCAAGUGUUCUCCUCCUACCUCUCGGCGAUACAUCAGACUCCGGCGGCAGGGGACGCUUCAGAAGCGCCCCCAACUUCCCUCGGAGGGAAGCGGAAAGAAAUCAAAAAGCGGGACAUUUACUUUGAGGUUUAUCCCGCCGAGGAAGCGGGGGAGACGAUCUCUCGGCUGUUUCGCCUGUACUAUUGGGUGUAA